AAUUCCAAUUAGGAAUUUGUUGGGCCCUUUAGGAACAGCCCUGAUUUAGGGCGGUGGUAGGCGUUUUUAAUCACCUCUCACCCUGCUUGUUUAGAUGCAACACAGUUCUUUCAUUUUCUUCACUCAAGAACCCUCUUAAACCCUAGCGCACUCUCUCCCACUCCCACAACACAGCAAUGUCAAGCUCUCUCCUCCGUCUCCGCCGCGCCACCCUCUCUCUCUCCUCCGUCUUUCUCAACAAACCCAUCUCGUCUCUCUCCUCAACUCUCCCUCUAACCCCUUCAAACCCCACCCCGACCAUCCCAACUGUGGUGUCUCAUUUCAGGGCUUUUCGAGCCUCCAACAUUUAUCUCGCGCGUCCCAGAAAUGCGUUUCAAAAUGAUAAUGACGAUUUCAAGAUUGGCCCUGAUGAUAUCUUGUUUGAAGGGUGUGAUUACAAUCACUGGCUUAUAACUAUGGAUUUUCCGAAAGAUCCUAGGCCUUCUAGUGAGGAGAUGGUUCAGACUUAUGUUGAGACUGCUGCGAAAAUUUUCGGAAGCGUUGAAGAGGCAAAGAAAAAAAUUUAUGCUUGUAGCACGACGACUUAUCAGGGAUUUCAGGUUGAGUGCUCAGAGGAAACUUCAAAAAAGUUUGAAGGUCUACCUGGUGUUGUAUUUAUCUUGCCUGAUUCCUAUAUUGAUCCAGUUAACAAACAAUACGGAGGAGAUAAAUACGAUAAUGGCUUUAUAACACCUAGACCGCCUCCUACGCAAUAUGGAAGGACAGGAGGACGGUUUGGUGAUCGAAAUAGAGACUCCAACCGGCCAAUGCGUCCACGAGGCGAAUUCAACCAAGGAAAUCCGGCAUAUGACAACCGAAGUAACACAGUAGGGAGUGCAGGGAACUUUGGGCCAACACAGCAUCCUCCACCACAGCAGAAUUAUGGUCCUCCUGGAGUUGCCCCGAUGAAUAAUUCUGCUGGAGGACAAGAAAAUUAUCAGGGAUACAGGAGAGAUCAAAUGUCCCCUAAUCAAGGAAAUUACAAUCAAGGUCAGAGAGGAAAUUUAUAUCCUCAAGGACCAAGUGUGCCACCGGUAAACCUCAAUAACAAUGCACCCCCACCCCAACCCCCACAAAGUGGAAACUUUAGUCAAGGUGUUCCUGGUCAGCCACCAGUAAACUUUAAUAACAAUGCACCCCCACCCCAAUCCCCACAAAGUGGAAACUUUGGUCGAGGGGCCCCUGGAAGUUACAAUCAAGGGGCUCCUGGCAGUUACAAUCAAGGAGCUCCUGGCAGUUAUGGUCAAGGCGCUCCUGGCAGUUACGGUCAAGGCGCUCCUGGCAGUUACGGUCAAGGCGCUCCUGGCAGUUACGGUCAAGGCGCUCCUGGCAGUUACGGUCAAGGCUCUCCUGGCAGUUACGGUCAAGGCGCUCCUGGCAAUUACAGUCAAGGCGCUCCUGGCAGUUACAGGCAGGUUGCUCCUAGCAGUUAUGGGCAGGGCUCUCCAGGAAGUUACGUGCAGGGCGCUGCUGGAAGUUACACGCAGGGCGCUUCUGGCAAUCAUAGGCAAGGCGCGAGUGGCUAUGAGCAAGAUGCAGGAAAUUAUGGGCAAGGUGGAGGUGGCUAUUUUGGGCAAGCAGCUGCUGGUAGCCUUGGGCACGGUGGUGGUGGCCAGGAAAAGUUCCCUAACUUUGGGCGCCCUGAUUCAGUACACGAAGAAAAUCAAAGGUUCUCACAAGGAGAGCAGAUGGAUGGCAUGAGGCAGGUGCCGAAAUAGGUACUUGGGAAGUGGAAUCAGGGAAGGUGUUAUGAAAGAUAGAAGUGGAAUUACGGCCAGUAGAAGCAGUCAAAUAUGUGAAGAAGAUAGACAUGACUGCAGAAUUAUCACUUAGAUUAAAAAACAGUUGGUUCGGACUUACUUCGUGUAUAAAUGUCCUGCUGCUCUUUCGGUUUUUGUAUUACGGAAGUUAUGUUCCAAAAACAUAAGCGUCUCCUAGAUUAUGUUGCGAACUGGUGAAACUCUUAUUGACAAAUAAAUUUAUAACAUUGUGUUCUUUC